CGUGAAUGUGCUAGUUUCAUGAAUCUGCUUAAAUUCGCUUCUAGUGCACGUGCCACCUAUAUAAGAGCCACGUCACUUAUAUGAUGACACAUCGAGUGCCUCUUAGAUCUGUUGGCUAAAACCUGCAACUCAAGUUCAUCCUCUCUUUGAGUUUAUAGAUAGAGAGAGAAGAACAUAGUGAGUGUGUGUGAAACUAUCCCCGGUACACCAGAGGAAAACCAAUGGGGGAGGAAGAAAAGAAACUGGAGAAAGCGAAGAAGCCCGAGGAAGAAGCGAAGAAAGAAGAAGCACCAAAAGCUGAUGAGAAAACCAGUGAGCAAACGAAAGAAAAGAAAUCUGAGGAAUCCAAAGAGGCGGCGCCACCACCGCCUCCACCGCAAGAAAUCAUCCUGAAAGUUUACAUGCAUUGUGAAGGUUGUGCCAGAAAAGUCCGAAGAUGCCUCAAAGACUUCCAAGGGGUAGAGGAUGUAAUAACAGAUUGCAAGACGAGUAAGGUGAUUGUGAAAGGUGAGAAGGCAGAUCCAAUUAAGGUUUUGGAAAGGGUUCAAAGGAAGAGCCACCGGCAGGUGGAGCUUCUCUCUCCAAUCCCAAAACCGGUGGCGGAAGAACCUAAGAAACCGGAAGAAAAAGAGAUGGCUAAAGCCGAAGAGAAAAAACCGGAGCCUCCGGUGAUUACAGUAAUCUUGCAUGUUUACAUGCAUUGUGAGGCUUGUGCUCAAGCAAUCAGGAAGAGAAUACAGAGAAUGAAAGGAGCGGAAAGUGCAGAGCCAGAUCUAAAGAGUUCACAAGUGACAGUGAAAGGCAUGUUUGAGCCUGAAGAUCUCGUUGAUUAUGUAUACAAGAGAACGGGAAAGCACGCAGUAAUCGUGAAGGUAGAGCCGGAUAAAAAAGAGGAUGAAAAAGAGAAAGAAAAAGACUGUAAAGACGAGAAGAAGACCGGGGGUGAGAAAAAGGAAGCCAAGAAAGGUGGUGAAGAGGCGAAAGAAAACAAGGAAGGAGGUGGCGGCGAAGAACCACCGGCUAAACCCGAGGAUGACACUAAAUUAGACUUGAAAAAGAAUGAAUUCUAUCAUUACUACCCUCAAAACUAUCAGAUUCAACCUCAAAGAUUUGUCCAAGAACACAUUGAUAUUGGAUAUGCUCCACAGAUCUUCAUUGACGAAAAUCAAAGAUUUGUCCAAGAACAUAUUGAUAUUGGAUAUGCUCCACAGAUCUUCAGUGAUGAAAACCCUAAUGCAUGUUCAGUUAUGUGAAAUUUGGGAUGAACAAGGGAUGGAGUUAGGGGGCACACCGCACAUGGAUAACUGUUCCAUGACAUGUUGUUGUGCUCUACAUGUGGUCAUGUCUGGGUUUCGUAGUAUAAAUCUACAGGAAGCUGUAGAAUUUUGUGCCUUUUUCGUUUUCGUUUAUUAUAAUCUUUGUCACAUACCUUGAAUAAGAGUAUAUUGUAUAAUUAUGUCUGGUAUAUUUUUUUUCUCGGAAAGUACUUGAUCUUUGUUUGUUUAAUACUUUUCG